CCAAUAGGUUCAGGCCAAAACAAUGAUGCGAGUAAAUACAAACACAAAUAAAAUAAUCAACAACAAAAUCCGUUAGUCGCUGGUGCAAAACGAUUCGAAUAAUCCAAAGCAAGUGAUCCGAUCCGUUCCGUAUACGACACAACCAUAUAUAUAAUUAUACAUACAUAAGUGCAAUAACAAAUACAUAUUUAUACUACUCGUUCAUAUAUACAUACUAUAUAUGCCAUAUAUCAAAUAUUUCUGCUAAAUAAAUACAACAGUAGAAGCGGAUUCCCCCUCAAGCAGAGACGGCACGAAAAUUUAAAUAUUUAAUCAAGCGGAUGUGCAAUCCCUUAAGCUGCCUAAAACAACAGUAACAACAACGAUAUUGCUGACUUUCUUCUGGUUUAUUGACUGCAGCGACGGCGAGUUCUAGCGUCACUGCUUUUGGAUGCAACGCUGGGUAUAGAAAUAUUUGUGGGACAGCGACAAAGUCUUGAACUUGUAUGAACACGCCAACAGCAGAGAACACAGUAUGGAUCAAAUGCUACUACUCCACGUCAGUUGUCGAGCGUUGACAAUUUGACGCGACGCAGUGGAAACUCGUCAAGUUCGUAAAACUUUGCGCAUUGGACAAAGCGCUGCCAAGGCAGACGCAACACGCUGCAGCCGCAGGAAGCUGAACCACCAACGAACAACCCAGAGGAUAAGCAACACAAACAAAAUGAAAACGAUGGCAACCCACACACAAUUAGCGGCAGCAACUCCCAGCUGGCAUACAAGUAGAUCAGUGCGGAGCAUGCUUUGCCUGCUGCUCCUUGGAGCAAUGGCUCGAGCUGACAGCCCACAGCACAUGACGGAUAAUGGAGGUGGCUUGGGGGGCCACAUGGGUGGCAUGGGCAUGGUUCCACACUCCAUGGAGGUGAGUCCGGCGCCGGGCUAUGGCGUGCCUGCCAUACCCAAGGACCCCAACUCGCGCUGCGAGGAGAUCACGAUACCAAUGUGUCGCGGCAUUGGCUACAACAUGACCUCGUUUCCCAACGAGAUGAACCACGAGACACAGGACGAGGCGGGCCUGGAGGUGCAUCAGUUUUGGCCGCUGGUGGAGAUCAAGUGCUCGCCCGACUUAAAGUUCUUCCUCUGCUCAAUGUACACGCCCAUCUGUCUGGAGGACUAUCACAAGCCGCUGCCAGUGUGUCGCUCGGUUUGCGAGCGUGCGCGCUCCGGCUGCGCCCCCAUCAUGCAGCAGUACAGCUUCGAGUGGCCGGAGCGAAUGGCCUGCGAGCAUUUGCCGUUGCACGGUGAUUCCGAGAAUCUGUGCAUGGAGCAGCCCUCGUAUACGGAGGCGGGCAGUGGCGGCAGCGGCUCAGGCGGCAGUGGUUCGAGUGGCAGCUCUGGCGGCGGAAAACGCAAGCAGGGCGGCCAGAGCGGCUCCGGCUCUGGGUCGGGCACUACACAGAAGUGCAAGGGCAAGGGCAAUUCAAAAAACUGCCAAAAUUCCCUAGGAGAAAGGGCAAACGCAAAGGAGUGCAGCUGCUCGUGCCGCCAGCCACUCAUCGUCCUGGGGAAGGAGCAGCUGCUACAGCAGCCAUCGAUGCAUCAUCACUGGUACAUGAACCUCACUGUGCAAAGGAUCGCCGGCGUACCAAACUGCGCCAUACCAUGCAAGGGUCCGUUCUUCAGCAACGACGAAAAGGACUUCGCCGGCCUGUGGAUCGCCCUGUGGUCGGGUCUAUGCUUCUGCAGCACCCUCAUGACCCUAACCACAUUCAUCAUAGACACCGAAAGGUUUAAAUAUCCGGAGCGGCCCAUUGUCUUUCUCUCGGCCUGCUAUUUCAUGGUGGCCGUCGGCUAUCUGUCCCGCAACUUUCUGCAGAACGAGGAGAUCGCCUGCGAUGGACGUCUGCUGCGCGAAAGCUCUACCGGGCCGCACUCCUGUACGCUGGUCUUUCUGCUCACUUACUUCUUUGGCAUGGCCUCCUCGAUUUGGUGGGUCAUCCUGAGCUUCACCUGGUUCCUAGCAGCCGGUCUAAAGUGGGGCAAUGAGGCUAUCACCAAACACUCGCAGUACUUCCAUUUGGCCGCUUGGUUGAUACCCACAGUCCAGUCUGUGGCCGUCAUCUUGCUGUCCGCAGUCGAUGGAGAUCCCAUACUGGGAAUCUGCUACGUGGGCAACCUAAAUCCGGAUCACCUGAAGACCUUUGUGCUGGCGCCUCUCUUCGUCUAUUUGGUAAUUGGCACCACCUUCCUAAUGGCCGGCUUUGUUUCGCUCUUCCGCAUUCGAUCCGUGAUCAAGCAACAGGGCGGAGUGGGUGCCGGCGUUAAGGCGGACAAGCUGGAGAAGCUCAUGAUACGCAUUGGCAUCUUCUCGGUGCUCUACACCGUCCCAGCGACUAUUGUCAUCGGCUGCUAUCUGUACGAGGCGGCCUAUUUCGAAGAUUGGAUCAAAUCGCUGGCAUGCCCGUGUGCCCAGGUAAAGGGUCCGGGUAAGAAACCUCUCUACUCAGUGCUCAUGCUGAAGUACUUCAUGGCAUUGGCGGUGGGAAUCACGUCGGGUGUUUGGAUCUGGUCGGGCAAGACACUUGAGAGCUGGCGUCGGUUCUGGCGACGUUUAUUCGGCGCGCCCGAUCGCACUGGAGCCAAUCAGGCGCUGAUCAAGCAACGGCCACCCAUACCACAUCCCUAUGCUGGCUCCGGAAUGGGCAUGCCAGUGGGCUCGGCUGCGGGGUCGCUUUUGGCCACACCCUACACACAAGGCGGUGCCUCGGUGGCCUCCACUAGCCACCAUCAUCUGCACCACCAUGUUCUCAAGCAGCCAGCGGCCAGUCACGUAUGACAUGGAGAGUCAGGAGGAGCUUCAACCAUGGGUGGUGGCGGCGGCGGCAGUACGAUUGGCGGCGGCAGCGUGCUAGGCGGACACGGCACACUAAUGAGCACGGCGGGCAUGAGCAAUAGUACGGUUGGCGGUGGCGGUAUGUCUGGUAUGGGAGCUCCUCCUGGCAGCUUGUUACACGGAGGUGGGGUGGGCGGUGCUAACGGAGCGCCCGGCAAUGUGGGCGUCUAUGGCAAUGGCAAUGGUGUUGGUGUGGGCGCAAGUGGGGGCCAGAGUACAGCGCCCGGGUCGGUAAUAGACUCGCGGGCUGUCUCAGUGGUGGUUACUUUGCCCGGCGGGCAGGGCUCCCAGCAUCCGGGGCAGGCAUUGAGCGACUACGGUCCCAUAUAGUUAAUGGUACGCCCGGACACGGCGCACUGGGUCUCAACGAGCAGCUUCAGUCAGUUGUAAGGCCAUCAGUUUUUCUCUCACUCUCACUCUCUCACUUAAUCUCUCGCUCUCUCACUCAUUCACUCACUCACUCGCGCACUCACUGUCUCUUUUUUAAUCAAAGGUUUAAGCAACGCCAUAUUACUUUUGUAGCUGUAGUUUGUUAGAGCGCAGGCAUUAAAACGAAACUAUUUGUAUAACAUUCUAGUCCAAAAACCUUUGAGAAACAGCAGAAGAAGCAGAAGAAAACGUAGUAUAUGUAGAAGAACAAAAUAAGAUGAUGAAGAAGAAGAAGCAUGCCAGCAAAGAGCGAAUGGGGAGUGGAAGAAACGCUCUGGAACUUUCGAGAGCGCAAUAGAGUUGAAGGCACAGCUGAGAAGGCGCGCGUGGUCUAAACCAUUGGCUAUAUGAACAUAUGUAUGUCCCCGAUUGAUUUUUCAUUUUUUCCAUUACUUUUUCCAACGAAAUAGACUGAAAACAAAAAAUAUGCGUAUACCUAAAUAAAUAGUUUUUACGACCGUACAGCAAGCAGCAAUAGAUGCCCAUACGAAUUAAAAUACACGUAAAAUAAAACGUAAUCAAAAGGAGCAAAGAACUCUGCGCGAGUAAAUGCCACUGCCAAGUCAGAGCCACGAGCCAUAUUUCGAAAUUACAACUAACAUUUAAAGUAACUUACUACUUACUAUUAACCUAAACAUUACACAGUUCGAAUGCGUUAAAGCACACACAGGAAGUAGGAGUAGGAGUGGAGGACAAAGAAUCGGGGCAGAUGGGCAACAUUAUCAAAAGAUUGCCCGAUUGCACGGUACAUAUAAUGAGAACCAUUUGUAAAUUAUUUUCUAUCUAUAAGGCGUCGCACUAAAAUUAAGUUACAAUUUAUACACAAACACACAUACACACACACACACACACACACCCUUUUCUGUAAAUACUUCUAUGAAGCGUAGUUUGUAAACGUUUUUUUAAAACUAAAAAGCCGAAACAAAAACUAUGCCUAAACUAUAACACAUAAACUUAAAUUAAACUUACAUUUUAGUAAUUGCAUUUUAGCGUCGGAAAUCUACAAAAACGAACCCAACAACAACAGCAACAACAACUGCAUUUAAGCUCAAAAAAUUGAAUUUAAUUUUUAAAAACCCGCUAGAAAAUAAAUUGCCAACAAUUGCAGCUGACGCAGGGCAUUAUGCAUUUAGGCCGCAAACGAUUGUAUAAAGUAAACAAAAAAUAAAUAAACCUAUGUAUUAGUAAUAUAAUUAAACAUAGCGUUAGAUUUACAAAACAAACAAAAAAUGAAAGUGUGAAACAAAACAAAGAAAAUAUCUAUUAUGCAUUAACAACUAUUGUAUUUAAAUUUAAUAUUUAUAUAUGAAGCGACAUUAAGCGGUCAGCAUUUCGCAUUAAAAACACAAAAUAUUUCUUGAAAAAACAACAAAAGUAAAUAUAUAUAUAUAAAUAUAUAGCAACGAUGUGUA